AUGCCGAAUGGCGUAGCGAAUGGCGGUCAGGGACAUCUUCAGCUUAGCAACUCUGCUCUGUUGCAAACCAAGUCCUAUAUCAAUGGUGAAUGGGUGAAUGCGCAGAGUGGUUCUGUGCUUCCUGUGUACAACAAAGCCACGGGUGAUUUGCUUGCCGAAGUCGUUGACCAAAGUCGGGCCGAUACCGAGGUGGCAAUUGAUGCGGCCAGUGAAGCUUUUAAGAGCUGGUCUCAGACUACGCCACAUUACCGUCACGAUAUGCUGCUGGCUCUGCAUGCCAAGCUGCGUGACAAUGCAGAUGAUCUUGCACGUAUCAUUGUCGCAGAGAACGGCAAGUGCUUGACGGACGCUAAGGGCGAAGUCAACUACGCCAAUUCCUUCAUUCAAUGGUUUGCCGAGCAAACUCUUCGCAUUCAAGGAUACACCACUCCGUCCCCUGUGCCAGGUGUGCGCACGGUAGUUAUGCGUCAGCCCGUGGGUGUUGCAGGUCUCAUUGCGCCCUGGAACUUUCCUCUUGCUAUGAUCACACGGAAAGUGGCACCGGCAUUGGGUGCAGGCUGCACCGCGGUGGUCAAGGCGCCGCAUGAAGCUCCUCUUAGUGCCUUGGCUAUGGCACAUCUGGCAGAGGAAAUUGGAUUGCCGCGUGGUGUACUGAACGUUCUGGUUUCAUCGAAGGGCAAGAAUGAAAACGAUAUGGGCCUGGCACUUUGUGAGAGUGAGAAGGUGGACAAGAUUUCUUUCACGGGUAGUACUCGUGUUGGCAAGAUUCUUGUGAGCCAAUCGGCCGGUACGCUGAAGAAGCUGUCUAUGGAGUUGGGCGGCAACGCGCCGUUCAUUGUUUUCGAUGAUGCAGACCUGGACCAAGCUGUAGCAAAUGCUGUGGCGUGCAAGUUCCGUUGCGCAGGUCAGACGUGCAUUUCUGCGAACCGCCUCUACGUGCAUGCGAAAGUGUAUGACGAGUUUGCAGAGAAGUUUGCAGCCAAGGUGCGCGAGCUGCGCGUCGGCAACGGUAUGGACCAGGGUGUGAACAUUGGGCCUCUCGUGAACGAGGCCGGUCAUGACAAGGCCGAGCAUCAUGUUAAGCAGAUGUUGGAGGCUGGUUCCAAGUUGCUUAUCGGUGGUCACAAGGGCGAGGGUCUCUUCUUCGAACCAACGGUGGUGUUGGCAAAGGAAGGUGUGCGCAUGCCAACCGAUGAAGAGGAGACAUUCGGCCCUGUUGCCGUUCUCUACAAGUUUAACACGGAAGAGGAAGUGCUCCGUAUGGCCAAUGACGUGCGUGUCGGCCUGGCAGGCUACUUCUUCAGCCAGGAUGUCCAGCGCUGCUUCCGUGUCGCCGAAGCACUGCACGUGGGUAUGAUUGGUGUCAACACAGGCAUUAUUUCAUCGAGCACUAUGCCAUUUGGUGGUGUCCUUGAGAGUGGCUUUGGCCGUGAAGGUGGCCCUACGGGUAUGGACGAGUACCUCUUCGAGAAGGCUGUGAGCUUUGGCGGUAUGUAA